AUGAAGCCCUCCACAAUGUCCACCUCCAGUGGAGCCCUAUGUAAAUCCAUUGCCAUCUCAGGCCUUGCACUUUUCAUGCUCUACACGGUUUGGUCCAAUCAUGCCAAUACUAACUACACUGCUGCAGAUCUUCCUCUCACCAAUCUUCAACUCAAAUGGCCAACUUCCCCUUUCGCAACAAGUUCAUCACCCAACAAUAUCAGCACUAACGUCGUUCCUCCAACCGAUAUCAGCCACAUUGGGUUCAUAGUAGUGAGCUCCUUGGCGACAUGGAAGCACAGGAAGCCUACACAGAGUCCUGGUGGAGGCCGAAUUCGACAAGAGGCUAUGUCUUCCUAG